AUGCCUGUCAUUGGAAAAGUGGUGGAGGUGUUAGAGGAGGAAUUUACUAUUCAUUAUUGGAAAGGUUCAUACGCAAAGCCAUGGGAACCUCAUCUGCUAAAAAAUGGUAGGGAGAUUACUCCUUGGAGUGAUGUUUUGCCAAAACAAUCCAUUAUCAUAUGUGAUUUUCACCUAGAUAGUGAAAAUAAACUUCUGGAGAAUACCAGGAAAUAUUUAAAACGUUGGUACCAAGAGGAACGUGCACGAACAUAA